AUGCCGUCCAAGAUACCGCCAUGCAACUACCAGCGCAAGACCAUCUGUGGCUACCACCGGCGCGCCGUGGCUGCCGUGAAGUUCUCCCCGGGAGGAACCUUGCUUGGCAGUGCCUGUAGGCACCUCUCGACAGAAGAGAGACGCAACCAGCACAUCAACGCGUACCCACGGUACUCCACGGUACUCGUGGGAUCAAGGUUGAUUGUCAUCGUCUACAUGUCCAUUUCCAUAUUACCAUGUAGCCAAAUAAUUCUUCCUGCUGUCACUCGUAUGUUGUUUGGCACCUUCUCUGGCGCCACAGCCGCCGACAAAACCGUCCAGAUCUGGGAGACUGGUAACGGCAAGCUCAUCAACACGCUCACCGGCCACGCCCAGGGGCUGUCGGACCUCGCAUGGACGGAAAACAGUCGAAAGAUCGCCACGGCCUCUGAUGACAAGCUCAUCAAGAUAUUCGACGUGGAGACGGGGCAAGAAGUCCAGAGCAUGGAAGGCCACGAGAACUAUGUCUUCUGCGUUAACUUCAACAAUCCUCAGGCAAACCUGCUGGUGAGCGGGUCCUUCGACGAGAAGGUGAAGAUCUGGGACGUGGCAACGGGCAAGUGCCUUCGCACGAUGGCGUCACACUCGGAGCCCGUCACGGCCGCCGCCUUCAACGCGGACGGCACCGGAGUCGUAUCGGGAAGCGCGGAUGGCCUCAUCCGCCUGUGGGAUAGCAGCACCGGGGCAUGUCUCAAGACUAUCUUCGCCGAGGGCAACCCGUCUGUGUCGUUCUCGACCUUCUCCCCCAACGGUAAGUACGUGCUGGCCGGCACGUUGGACGACUCCCUCAGGCUGUGGCAAAUCGGUCACGACACGAAAUGCGUCAAGACCUACAAGGGACACGUAAAUCGGCGUUACUCGGUGACGGCUUGCUUCGACGGCAACAAGCGCGUCGUCAGCGGAUCCGAGGACGGGAGCAUCUACAUCUGGGACAUCAACAGCAGCAAGUCGGUUGUGCAGAGGCUGCAGGGGCACAGCGAUGCGGUCUUGACCGUGGCGAAGGGUAAGCUGAUGGCGGACAAGCUACUGGCCUCCGGCGGGAUGACCAAGGACAAGUCGGUGCGCAUCUGGGAGGACAGGGCCGGCAUCGAGAUGGAAGACCCCUCCAUCGGCGCCGCGCGAGAGGGAGGAUCCAACGCCACCUACUCGCCUGCAGCCAAGCGCCAGAGGGAAGGCGGCAUGGACGUACCCCCCGCUGCUCUCCCGGCGGUUUCCACGUACCCCCCCAUGGCACCGGCGUCGACGGUGGCGGCGGCGGCGGCGGCAUCGCUGACGAUGCCAGCCGGCUUCAUGGCCGCUCCCAUGCCCGCCGGCAUCCCCACGCUGCCCAGUACCGUGCUCCCCCCGCCCCCUACCACCGCUGCCGCCACCGCUGCCAACACCGCGGCCGCCGCCGCCGCCGCCGCCGCAGCAGCAGCAGCAGCAGCAGCAGCAGCCACUGCCGCGAUGCCCGCCGUGCAGGGCUAUGCGAUAGCCCCCGAAGCAGCUCCAACAUCGCUAGGUGGGAUAUUUUAG